AUCAAUUUGGUCACUGUCUCAAUCACGCAACUAUCCCCCCUCAGAACCCUCAUUCCCCCGCAUAUAUAUAAUAACAUGGACUUUGCCCCUCUCCCUCCUCUCAUUGUCUUCAACCCUCCUGUCCAUCUUUGAUUACUGAGAUAGCCUUGGUUCUUUCUUCAUCAUGUCCAACCUCCCACAGUCCCAUUUCGAGACUCUCCAGCUCCAUGCAGGUCAUGAGCCCGACUCUGCUACCAAUUCUCGUGCGGUCCCAAUCUAUGCAACGACCUCGUACACCUUCAAUGACUCCGCACACGGUGCCAGGCUCUUUGGCUUCAAAGAGUUUGGCAACAUCUACAGCCGUAUGAUGAAUCCCACUGUCGACGUCUUCGAGAAGCGUAUCGCUGCCUUGGAAGGUGGUGUUGCUGCGGUUGCUGCAUCUUCCGGCCACGCUGCUCAGUUCAUGGCCAUCUCCGCCCUUGCCCAUGCUGGAGACAACAUUGUAGCCACCAGCAACUUGUACGGCGGCACUUACAACCAGUUCAAGGUCUUCUUCCCGCGUGUAGGAAUUAAUACCAAGUUUGUCCAAGGCGACGGCGCUGAGGCCAUUGCUGCUGCCAUCGAUGACCGUACCAAGGCUGUAUAUGUCGAGACCAUUGGCAACCCACGGUACAAUGUGCCCGACUUUGAAGCUAUAGCCAAAGUUGCCCACGAGAAGGGCGUUCCCGUAGUGGUCGACAACACCUUCGGUGCUGGUGGUUACUAUUUCAGACCGAUCGACCACGGCGCUGACAUUGUAGUGCACAGCGCAACCAAGUGGAUUGGUGGACACGGUACAACUAUCGGAGGCGUGGUCAUUGAUAGCGGCAAGUUCGACUGGGGUAAGCACGCGGCACGGUUCCCCCAGUUUACUGAGCCCUCCGAGGGCUACCACGGUCUGAAGUUCUGGGAAACCUUUGGCCCAAUCUCCUUUGCGAUUCGGGUCCGUCUUGACAUCCUCCGUGACCUCGGCUCUACGUUGAACCCCUUCGCUGCCCAGCAGCUCCUCCUGGGUCUGGAGACCCUAAGUCUCCGUGCUGAGCGUCACGCCACCAACGCCAUCGCCCUCGCAAACUGGCUCAAGCAGAACGAGUACGUCAGCUGGGUCUCGUACCCUGGCCUGGAAGAACACCCCAGCCACGCAACUGCCAAACGCUAUCUGAAGCGCGGCUUUGGUGGAGUUCUCUCCUUUGGCGUGAAGGGAGGCGCAGCCGUCGGCAGCAAGGUCGUUGAUAACUUCAAGCUGAUCUCCAACCUCGCAAAUGUCGGAGACUGCAAAACUCUUGCCAUCCACCCCUGGACCACCACCCACGAACAACUGACCGAACAAGAACGCCUAGGCUCCGGUGUGACCGAAGACGCUAUCCGGAUCUCUGUCGGAACCGAGCACAUCGACGACAUCAUUGCUGAUUUCGAGCAAUCUUUCCAGGCUAGUUUCUAACGCCCAGGCCGUGGAAUCUGAAUCCGAAUAACCCAUACAUAACCCCCAUUGACAAUUUGAGGCGUCUUUCUUCGUUCAUAAUAAUAAUAAUAAUAAUCACUAUCUGUUCAUUUCGUUUCAUUUCUACCCAAGGCCUCCUUCCUACUUAUUCUACAUGCAAUAAUUCAAGUUCGUUUCUCUCUAUCCAUAGACGCCCUGUCUUUGUCUUCAUUUUAGAUACCAAGUAUGUACUUCAUUCAUACAUAUGUAAAACAGGCAAGGAAAGGUAAACACUAGUUAGUACUUAAUAAUAUUGAGUAACUAACUAACUAACAGUUAUAAAGUAUGCCUAUUCAUACACUACCAUAUACAUGUAUAUAUGCAUAUCUCUCUAUGUAGAGUACUGUACUUCCCUACUCAAUUAGCUAAUAGUUAAUCUAGAAUGCAGAGUCCCAACUACUAG